AUGCAGACCUUUGGCAGCUUCCUCGUCGCCGCUCUGGCAGCCGGCUUCGCCUCUGGCACCCCCAUGCCCGCCGCCUCUGGCUCCUUUGAGCUGAAACAGACCGCCAACCCCAACUUCUCCUCCCGCAACGGCCCGCAGGCUCUGGCCAACGCUUACAAGAAGUACGGCAAGGCUGUUCCCCAGCACAUUGCCCUUGCCGCUGCCAAGAACAGCAACGCCAAGCGCGCUUCUGGCACCGCCACCGCCAACUCUAUCCAGGGCGAUCUUGAGUACCUCGUCGACGUCAAGAUUGGCGAAGGCCAGACUCUGAAGCUGGACUUCGACACUGGCAGCUCUGACCUCUGGGUCUUCUCCACUGAGACCGAGGGCGCCGGAUCGCAGACCAAGUACGACCCAUCGAAGAGCACUUCUGCCAAGAAGCUCAGCGGCGCCACAUGGAAGAUCUCCUACGGCGACGGCUCCAACUGCUCUGGGGAUGUUUACACCGACGACGUCACCGUUGGCGGCCUGACCGUCAAGGGCCAGGCUGUCGAGGCUGCCAAGCAAGUCUCUCAGCAGUUUGCCCAGGGUGAGGGUGAUGGUCUCCUUGGCCUUGCCUUCUCCGAGCUCAACACCGUCAAGCCUACGAAGCAGAAGACAUGGUUCGACAACGUCAAGACCCAGCUUGACUCUCCCCUCUUCGUUGCCGACCUGAAGCACAACACUCCCGGUAGCUACGUCUUCGGCAAGGUCCCCAGCGGCGCCGAGAGUGCCAGCUACGUCGAUGUCGACAGCAGCCAGGGCUUCUGGGGCUUCAGCGCCACCACCGACAACGGUGAGGUUAAGGGCAUUGCCGACACUGGCACAACCCUUCUCCUCCUCGACGACCAGAGCGUCCAGGCCUACUACGCCAACGUCAAGAGCGCCGAGUCUGACCAGCAGGAGGGCGGCUACGUCUUUGACUGCUCCGAGAAGCUGCCCGACUACUCCUUCAGCGUCGGCGAAGGCAACAUCACCAUCCCUGGCGACAUCAUCAACUACGCCAAGGGCUCUGGCGGCAAGUGCUUCGGCGGUAUCCAGGCUGCUGGCAACAUCCCCUUCAACAUCUUUGGCGACAUCGCCCUGAAGGCCGCCUACGUCAUCUUUGACGGUGGCAAGAACCGUCUCGGCUGGGCCCAGAAGAACUAA